GGACACACUGGUACACCCCGACCCAGGAACACACAGCCCACACAUCCCGAGGCAACACAUCGUCUCUGGCUCGCCUGGCUGGCUGAUCCUGCACUCAGGAUGAUGGCUGGAUUAAAGACAGUUGUUGUGUGGUGGUUGGUGAUGGGUGGCUGUGUAGCCAAGCUGGACGUCCCGGAACUAGAGGAGCUGCGCUCAGCAUUAGUGGUUACACAGUUGGUGCUCUCCGAGCAAGCUGAAACCUUGAAGCACCUGGUGAACAGCACACUACAGGCGAAAACCUCAUGUGCUCCAGAGCGGUGCUGCCCCUACCCUUACAAACGGGUGCUGGACGAGUGCUUUUAUCUGAGCAGCAAGCAACUGGCCUGGAGUCAGGCUCGUCACUACUGUCAGGGGAUGAAAGGGGACCUGGCCACCCCUAAACACGUCUUCGCUCUCGUGUCCUUUGUCCUCGAGAAUGGAGGGACUGGUGCUGUCUGGAUUGGUGCUACGGACCAAGGACGCGAGGGUGUCUGGCAGUGGGUGAACGGACAACCUAUUGCCGCCGACCAAUGGACCCCCGGACAGCCUGAUAACACUGGAGGUGCUGAGAACUGCAUGGACAUCAGGCUGGCAUGGCAUCCGUCCCUCAACGAUUUCAAUUGUGUCAUAAGUCAGCGAUUUGUCUGCCAGUAUAAUGCAUAAUAUAAUGAAGAUUCUCGUUCUGAGUGUAUAAUUUUCUGAUCUUUCAAAUUAAUUACUUUAAUGUGGAUUAAUUAGGUAUAUUAUUUUUUGUUGGACUAAAUACAUCAACAAUAAUUA